AUGGCGAGCAUGACUGAGUUGGACCAGCUGGGCGCGGCAUUGAAUGCAACGCUUCAGCACGAAGCGUCUGUCUCCGCCCACACAGACGCUGCCAUCUGGCGGCUGCAGGCGGCCACCAUUGUGUUCUUCAUGCAGGUGGGAUUUGCCCUGGUUGAAGCUGGAUCAGUCAGGGCAAAGAACACACAGAACAUCAUGGUCAAAAAUGUGAUGGACGCAUGUUUCUGUGCGGCCGCUUUUUGGACCUUUGGUUGGGCCCUUGGCUUUGGCGAGGGUUCGUCGGUCAUCGGGUGGCGAAACGAGUCGCAAUCGAUUGCCUUGUUCAACGAAGGCAAUCAGGUCAACUUCUUCUUCCAGUACACCUUCGCCGCGACCUCGGUUACCAUAACCUCGGGAGCGGUCGCCGAGCGGUUUCGCCUCAAAGCGUACCUUCUGUACGUGGUCGUACACAGCGGGUUCAUGUACCCAAUGAUUGCGCACUUCAUCUGGGCAGGCACAGGGUUAAUGGGCGCGCGGGUUAGGGAAACCGCAUUCCUGGGCACGGAUGGCGUCCUCGACAACGCCGGUUCGCUAGUCGUACAUGUUACUGGUGGCGUCGCCUCAUUGGUCGCCGCAUGGAUGGUCGGCCCCCGCAUCGGGCGGUAUGACAUCGAGGGCCGGCCCGUUCCAUUCAAGCCCAACUCCGUUUCCUUCGUGGCCGCCGGAACGCUCAUCUUGUGGGCCGGAUUCUACGGCUUCAACGCAGGGAGCGUAGAUCUUGGGUCCCUCGACAUCAUUGUGUGGUACGAACAGCUCGCGCGCGUCUGCUCCAACACCACGCUCUGCGCCGCUUUCGCCGGCUGCACCGCUUACUUCAUGACGACGCGGCGAGGGGGAUCCCCCCCCGACCAUCUCUUCAACGCCGUUCUGGGGGGGUGCGUGGCGGCCUGCGCUACUAGCUCCGUGACUGACAGCUGGGCGGCGUGCGUGAUUGGAAUGGUGGCCGGGGCGAUCUACCUGGGGGGCGUCCGCCUCAUGGCAUUCCUGGAGAUCGACGAUCCAGUGCACUCCGUCGCCGUGCAUCUGGCGUGCGGCACCUGGGGCGGACUUUCCGCCGGACUCUUCGCCACAGCGGACGGAAUCCGGUCGACCUACGGCAUCGAAAACCCGCGCGACGUGGGCGUUUUCUACGGGGGCAGCGGGCACUUACUGGGCGUACAAAUCCUGGCGCUUUUAUUGGUAUACGCGUGGGUUGGCGCCAUAACCCUGACGCUGUUCGGGACACUCAGGUAUUUUGGGCGGCUGAGAGUGCCGAGGCACGAAGAAGAGAUCGGUUUGGACGUUGCGCUCCACGGGGCGGCUGAACCGCUGGGCCAGAGCGACCGGUUGAAGGGAGUCUUCGUCAACCCGACCCCACACGUGGCGCCCGGGUUCCAGUUCUCGAGCCUGAAACGACGUAUCGCGAGUGCUGUCCCGACCGACUGCGCCAGCCUGAGGCUCAAGGCCCAGCGCGACCGCGGCGGCAUGUGGCAGGAGAAGCUGAAGAAGACGAGCUACGGCGACUUCAGCUUUGCGAUGUACGAGGCCAACUACGUCAUGGAGGACACGUCACAGGUGGAAGCGAGCAACAGCGGCGUCUUCAUGGGGGUUUACGACGGUCACGGGGGCUCCGAGGCCGCGACGUUUGUGGAGGCGACCUUGUUCAGGAAUUUGCAGAGGGCCAUGGUCGCCGGGAACGGGGUGUCGGGGGCUGCGAUUCUGCAAGCGUUUGAGGACACGGAGGAGCAGUUCGCCACCCUAGUUACGGAGGAGUUCGAGAACGCGCCGCACCUGGCGUGCGUCGGCGCGGCCGCGGUCGUCGCGCUCGUCACCGACGGCGCGCUCUACGUGGCCAAUUGCGGCGACAGCCGCGCAGUUUUAGGGGUUUUGGACGACGGCGCGCCCGUUGCGGUCCAGUUGAGCGUGGACCACAGCGUCAAGGCUCCGGCGGAACGCGCGAAGUACCUGACGGAACACCCCGGAACGCCGGACCUCGUGAUGGAAACGCCCGGCGGGCCCCGGAUCAAGGGGAAGUUGCAGGUCACGCGCGCGUUCGGCGACUGUUACAUGAAGAGCCUUGCCUUCAACCGGAAUCCGCUCUUCCCGCGUUUCCGCGUGCCGGGCCACUAUACGCCGCCGCUCAUCACCGCCGUUCCACACGUCGCGAUCUAUACCCUGCGUGCAAAGGACAAGUUCCUGAUCCUCGCCUCGGGCGGUCUGUGGGAGUACGUCACCAACCAGGAGGCGGUCGACAUCGUGCACGCGAUCCCCAAAAAGGAGAUCGCGCGACACCUGGUGAAGAUCGCGCUAGAGCGCGCGGCGGCCAAGCACGAGAUCCCGUACUCGGAGCUGGUCCAGAUGAGCCCUGGCCGGCGGCGCGAGUUCCAUGACGACAUCACGGUCAUCGUCUUUUUCUUCGCGCCCGCGAAAACCGCCGAGGAGCCCGCUGACAAGGUGUCUGGAUGGCAGACAACGGUGUCGGUAGUCGGUGGCGAGGGCUCCGAUCUCGACACGUUCCGCAGCCGUUCCAUUUCCAAAACUUCCUUUGGGCUCGAGGGUUCCGUCCACGGAUCCGGACGCCUCUCCGAGUUCUCCCGUCCGGGUUCCGGCAGCCGGCCCCUCAAGUCGCCUGCUCCGCCGGAAUCCAACGGAACGCACUAG